AAUUGAGUAAAAAGAAGAAGAGAGAAAGACGCCUCAAAGCAAAAUUCAAACAACUCAAAAAAACGUCCAAUUCAGGCUGUACCAAAUCAAAAAUAAAAUAAAAAUACAAAACAAAAUACAAAUAAAACCCAUAAGCAAAAAGUGUAACUACAAAGUUAAAAACAUGCCUGAACCAACGAAUAUUAAAGUAAUAGUACGCGUGCGCCCAUACAAUCAGCGGGAAAAAGAACAAAAUCAGAGAUGCAUAAUAAAAGUAAUGGACGGAUCUUCAUUGUUGUUUGAUCCAGAUGAGGAGGACGACGAAUUCUUUUACCAAGGUGCUAAGCAACAGUACAGAGAUAUCUCAAAGCGUACAAACAAAAAACUAACUAUGGAAUUUGAUCGUGUCUACGACACGGAUCACACAAACGACAACUUGUUCCAGGAGUGUACCGCGCCGCUGGUCGAUGCAGUGCUCGAUGGGUACAAUUGUUCGGUGUUUGUUUACGGAGCGACAGGUGCAGGAAAGACAUUCACUAUGCUGGGCAGCGAAAACAGUCCAGGGCUCACAUUUCUGACCAUGCGCGACCUUUUUGAUAAAAUACAGAGCCAAAACGCCACACGUAAAUUCGAUGUCGGCGUCAGCUAUUUGGAGGUGUAUAACGAACAGGUUAUGAACCUGCUCACAAGAACAGGCCCUUUAAAGCUACGUGAGGACUCAAAUGGAGUAGUCGUAAGCGGAUUAGUUCUAAAGCCUAUUUACAGUGCGGAAGAGCUGCUUCACAUGCUCACUAUAGGAAAUUCGAACCGCACACAACAUCCGACAGAUGCUAACGCAGAGAGUUCGCGAUCGCACGCCAUUUUCCAAGUACACAUACGCAUCACGGAACUGAAUACAGGCACUAAGCGGAGUGUAAAGCUUUCUAUGAUUGAUUUGGCAGGCAGUGAACGUGCAGCUAGUACCAAGGGCCUUGGAAUGCGAUUCAAGGAAGGGGCAAGCAUCAACAAAAGCCUCCUGGCGUUAGGCAACUGCAUAAAUAAGCUGGCCGAUGGUCUUAAACAUAUACCCUAUCGGGACUCGAAUUUGACUAGGAUCCUAAAGGACUCGCUGGGCGGCAAUUGCCGCACUCUGAUGAUAGCUAAUGUGUCCAUGAGCUCACUCACAUAUGAAGACACCUACAAUACCCUAAAAUAUGCCAGUCGCGCGAAGAAGAUACGAUCUGUGCUGCGCCAGAACGUGCUGAAAUCAAAUCUGCCCAAGGAGUUCUACGUGAAAAAGGUAACCGAACUGAUGGCUGAGCAGGAACGCCUGCUACAGUACAAUAAAGGUCUCGAGGUCAAGCUGGCACAAUUGGAACGCUCCAACAGCAGCAGCAGUGGCAGUGGCUACGAUAUGAUGGAGCUUAAGCCUUGGUACAGCCGCAUAGAUGCUGUAUACGCUGCUGUGAUUAAGUUGCAACAAUGUGUCAUUGGUUUACGAAGCAAAAUUCAGAUCCUCAGCUAUCGGCAAACACUCAAGAAAGAUUUCGAACAGCUGAGAAAAGUGGUGACGCAGGAUCAACGGCUGAUACAAGAGGACUUCAAUUUGUUUUCGAACUACUUGGCGGCAUUAAACGCAAGAAAUCAGAAAUAUACCGAUGAGCUGCCCCAAUGGCGCAGCAAGCUCGAGCUUGCUUGCUUAAAUCUAAAAAAACUUAAAAUUGAGGCGAAGGAAUCGAAAUACCACCAAAUUUUAAAUGUAUAUUUAAGUAACAAGGAUCUGGAAGUGCAACUGUCAAAGCAGCAGAUAAACUGCAGUCAUUUAACCAGUAUUAACAAUGAGCAAGCGGAAAAUGCAAGCCUACUACGCAAAUCCUUUGCCACGAUGUGCGAUGUCCUGCAUCAGUUGUACAACCGCUUAGAAGAGACACAGAAGCUGACCCCAGAAAUACAAGGUGUAUACGAACGGCUUGAGCGAAGGAUGCAGUUCACAGUGUCUGAGACGGAAUUAUCAGCGAAUGAUAUUGAAUUCGAUGCGCUUCUCGCUGAGCAGCAGCAGGAGAAUGAGUCGUCAUUAGCAUUGACCGGCAGCGCCAAGAAGCGCAGUCGCGAUCGUCGCUAUACGCACACAUUAACAAAUAGCGAAUUUGUUCUUCACCUGGGCGUGGACAGUUUCGAAGAUACGGAUUCUGACACGGACAGUGGAGACGACAGGCAGAAAUUAUUUAAGAAGCCACGCAACCUAGACGUCACUCAAGUUAUUUCCAACAACAUGAACUGCCGCAAGGCGUUGACGGCGACAGUCACCAAGUCUCGACCCGUUGUCAACCACCGCAUGGUAUCGGAAAUGCUGUCGGACCAAAAUGUCUGCAGCUCUGUAGACAGGGAGAAAAUGAAACAAGCUCUGAUCAAGUCUAGCAAGUUCACAACUCAAGGAUUGCAGCGCACAUGCGCAGCUGCGAUACAAAAAGAGAAUUUGAAGUUCCCAUCGAACUGUGUGCGGAAAAGUCCACGUGCGCUAAUUGCGAAGACUCUCGCUGGCAGCUCGACGACGGCGCGCAAGCCGAUUUCCCGUCUUGCCGGCACCAGUGGGUCGGGCGUCAAGGAGGCGCCAGUGGUAAGGAUAAAUCGGGCUGCCUCGUUUCGCGUAAAGAAAUAAUUGAUCUAAUUUGCAAAGUGUUAAGCGUUUAUCAAUUUCGUUUCUUACUGCAAGUUCAACUAUUUUAAUUUACUGAUUUUAGUUCUAUAAAACCGCUAAAUAAUCAUUAUAAUA